AUAUUAUCGUCGAUGGAGAAACGUUUGAUCGUCGUUGUUUGGUACUGAACAAGAGGUUGUCAACAGAUUUCCCCCUGUUUCAUAGUUGUUGUCCCAUUUGGCCUGUAAACCUGCGCCAGCUGUCCUGACACACAAUCGUUGCUACCCUUUUGAGCCCGGCGUAUGUGGUAAUUUUUGCACAAUUACUUUCCGUACGUUGAACUUCCCUUUGUCUGACCAACUCUGACUGUCCGCUCUCACCUCGCGGCCGGUUUGGUUGAUACAAAUCUGAUGAUGCAGCAGAGAGAAGAGAAGCAGCUGGAGGCGGGUCUGGACGCCCUGAUCGUGCGGGUGAAGGACCUGCGGGACUCGAUCCACGCCUUCCUCAUGAAGUUAGAGCACGAGCAUCAGACCCUACAGUGGACCUCCGUACUGGACAGCUUUGCCCUGCUGUCUGGACAGCUCAGUACUCUGCAGAAAUUGGUUAUGAAGGAGAAGAUGCCAUCUCUACAAAACCUGAUCUUCCUGCCGCUGGUGCUGUCCCCAGACAGCGACCCACAGCUGGAGACCACCACGGAGGGGCGUGUGCCUGUCUUCAGCCAUGAAGUGGUGCCAGAUUACCUGCGUACUAAGUUUGAACCUGAGGUUGAGACCAGGGAGAAGACUCUGACCACCCAGUCUGAGCGCCUGACUCCAGAGGCGGCUCAGAAACAGAUCCAACAGCUCAACAACCUGUGUGACAAACUUCUGAACAAGUUGAAUGCAGCCAGCGAAGACUGGGACUCAGAAGUGUCAGCUUCGCAAGGGAGCACCCCUGCGUCGUCCCUGGCAGACACCAGCGCUCUUAUUGCAGCAGUGAGCUUCGGAAAGGGGUUGAAACCCAGCAGGACCCCCAGUCAGAGUGGUCCUGACACCCCACAGUCCCAGCCCUCCCCACAGGCCUCCCAGGCUGGCCCUGCCCCGGGGAAGGCUCCCAGCACCAUCAAAACUAACAUCAGGACAGGGGCCAGCUCACAUCCAUACCAGAGAUGAGACAUGGACUAUUUGUGUCUGAUGUUGUUGGUACAAACAAGCUUUUGUAUGUUUUGUAUGCAUCAUUGGUUCAUUAUUGAUAUAAUGAUAUUUAAUCUUUAUGUACUGGUGUGUUAUGCCGGCUAUACCGAUACAGAUACAGAUGUAGAAACAGUUCCCAAAAUUGACAGCAGCCACAAAAACCUGGCUGGUACCAUCUGUCAGUGUGUCACUCUCCUUUCUCAGUCCAACAUUAUCUCCAUGACACAUUUCUCUACCAUCCCCCUCUUCCCCCGGUUAUACAGUGUGACUUCUUAUAAAAUCGAAGUCACAUUAUUUAUCAGCUAAUGUACACAUCUCCUGUUUAUGUUUCAUGCAAAGUCGGUCACAUCACUACCCUCAUUCUCCCUUUCUUCCACACUACACAUAAGUGAAGGACUCAACAGACACAGGAUUGCAUUUAUUAAUCAACAGCAGAUCAACAUAUUGAUAUGUGUUCCACGCCUUUAAAACAAAGGUGCCUGUUUACCAGCCAACACAGCUUUCAUUAGAAGUCUCAAUAUUGUUAUUGUUUUUAUAGCUACCUUGAAUAGUUGCAUAGCAAUGUCACAGCUUUUGUGCUCAAAUACAUGUAAUGGUUCAGUUUUGUUAACCUGAACUUGUGUCUCCUACAGUCGUUGAAAUACAAUUUGUCAGUUGCAGCUUGCUUUGGCUGAUGGCUUGUCUCUCUGGCACCAAGAUUAAAGUGAUUCCGAGAUGCAGCAAACGUGAUGAUAUUUCGACCAGUUCAAACUGGUUUAAGGUAUGCCACUACCUAAUGAGGCCUAGAGCUCUUCAUGGAUAGAGUUUCGUUCGCUAUUCUUGGAUAAAAGACAUCUAUAUGAUGUAAAGAGAUUGGGCUCGAGAUCUGUCCAAGUGUAAAGAGUUUCGUUCAUCCCACGGAUCGGUACCAUUCACAGUCGAGUCCUUUGAACGUCAGAUCCCACUUUCAGCUUUCAUUAUUUUCAUAACUUCCAAAUGUCACGCCGUCUGUUUUAGACACCAUUGGCUGUGCAGCCAAGUGGUGAGGUGUGCGAAAAUUGACGUCAUUCAGAUAUCGCAAUCGUAACUGAUGUCAUCGACUUAUGUGCCUCCCUCUCCUCCGUUUUUACUCCCACCCAUUUGAACGAGCUACUUUCAACAUGUACGGAUGGGUACUAGGGAAUGUCUCGUGAUAUAGGAGUGGACCAAUCUCGUCACUCCCGUUGAAAUG